AUGACUACUACUGAAACGAUGCAAACUGAAGAUUUAUACAAACAACCUAUUGUACAGAACAAUUGUUCAUGUGAAAGUCAGAUAGAUGAACACAAACCACUUAUUACUUCAUCAAAUACUAUCUCAACACAACAAGAAAAUCAGAAAACAAAAUAUACUCUCAAUGAAGCAGAAUCUGUUCGACAAAUUCGAAUUCGUACUCUUUCACAUUGGCCACAUUUUAUACCGAGUAAAGAAUCAAUGGCAUUAUCUGGAUGGUUUUCUUGUAAUUCAAAUGAUCGUGUUAUAUGUAUAUAUUGCAAUACAAUUUGUCAUGAAUGGAAUAUCGAUGAUGAUCCAAUGCAAGUACAUACAAGACUUGCUCCACAAUGUCCAUUUGUUCUCUCAAUGCCUACUAUACAAACUACACCAAAAAUAAUUAAUGAUAUACUAAUAGAAAAAUUUCAACCUACGAAUCCAGCAAUGGCAGCAAUAUCUCGUCGAGAAGCAACAUUCUCUAAUACAAUUUGGCCUGAAAAUUCACCAAAGAUUGAGGAUUUAGUUCGUGCUGGAUUCUAUUCUACUGGUGUUUCAAAUACAGUAACAUGUUUUUAUUGUAAUGGUUCAUUACAUAAAUGGGGUCCAAAUGAUAAUCCUAUGAUUGAACAUGCUCGAUGGUUUCCAAAUUGUACUUAUGCUAAACAUUUAUGUGGAGAUGAUUUAUAUAAAAAAAUUCAAAUGUCAAAAAAACGAAUGCAACCAACACAACAGCCAAUAAGAAGCGAUGAACUGAGUCGUAUAGUUGCAGCAAGACUUGAUUUACCUGUUGUUCAACCUCUUCGUUCUCAAUAUUCGUUAGCUAUAAUUAAACGAUGUUUUGAAGAUCAAUUCCGAAUUAAAAAUGAUGAUUUUACAUCAGAUGUUGAUUUAUCAAUGGCUUGUUUAAUUCUUAAAAAACAAAUUGAUCAUAUUAAAGGUUGUAAAGAUAAAAUAAUAACUCCAUCAAAAGAACAACAAUCAAAAACUUCAUCUCAGUCACCAAAACAAUCAUUCGGUGAAUGUUUUAUAUGUCUCACUGAAGAAAAACAAUUAGCAUGUAUGCCUUGCGGACACUUAUGUGCUUGUGUACCUUGUGGAUAUGCUCUUCAUUCAUGUCCUAUCUGUAGACAGAAAAUUCAAUGUUUUAUAAGAAUUAAUUCUUAA